AUGUUUUCGACUCUGGUCCGUCGUAUGGCCUCAUCGUCAAAGGAAGGCCUUCUCAAGAAGGCUCCUUUGACGGUAGCUACCAAUCCUUACAAGGCGCGAAAGAUGUGGCCUCCCAACUUCAAGCAACUCACCGUCCAGCAACAACUACGAUUCGAGAAGAAGUACAAGCGUCGCAUCAUCCUAGCAAGUCGAGCGCCUCGAUGGAUCAAGUUUGUCAAGACCGCUCAGCUUUUGACGAUUAUUGCUGCCCUGGUCUGGCUCUUCUUCUACUCCGAGUUCGAAUGGUGGGGCCAGAAGUACAAGCCUUCUGAAGAGACGCAGUAUCUCUUUGGUACCGUCGAUCCCGAAAAGCGAUACGAACGACGAGCGGAUGCGCCACCUUUUGCUCCCCCGAAAGACGAGCCCGAGUCGAAAUAG